AUGGCUACCAUGGCUGAUGGCGGAGAGGUUCCUCCGAGCAGGACUGAUGGAGAAGAGGAGCGAGAAGAGGAGGGAGGAGAGGAGGGAGGGAGACACGGCCUGACUGAAGCCCAGAGGCAGGUGCUGGACAGGUGUCUGCUCGCCCUCAAGCACGCCAAAAACGACAGCCACACGUUAGCAGCUCUCCUGGUGAUAACCCGCUUGUGUCCGGCGAGCCAGCUUGACAAACCCACCCUGCACCACAUCUUUGAGGCCGUGGGCUUCAACCUCCCAGCCCGGCUCCUGGUGACGGCCGUCCAGGGGGGCGACGGCUCGGGCUUGCCCUCCCAUGAGCUCCUUUCUCUGGGAACGGCCCUUCUGGCCGCCCUGAGCACAGAUCCAGACAUGGUGGCGCAUCCCCAGCUCCUCGCCACCAUCCCCCUCCUCCUGGGUAUCCUGGCGAAUGAGCCAAUGUUGAACCAGCAGAAACGGGAAGCCCGUCAGCAGAACCAAACCGGCCACGGUCCAGAAUGUGAAGUCCGGUCAGGUGACAUCUCAGACUCCGGGGGUUUAUCUGAUCCUGCGGUAAAAUCAGAGGGAGACGGUGAUCACGACAGACCGUCUGGAUCUCCGGAAAGCCCCUCCGCGCUGGACGAGGCCAUGGCUGCAGACUGCUACCAGGUUCUGACAGCUGUAUGUUCUUUACCCAGAGGUCCGGAUCAGCUCCUGAGCAGGGGGGCGGUUCCCUCCCUGUGCCAGGCAGUGGAGCAGAACCGGACUUUCAGCCAGCAGAAGGGGCUGGACCUGCUGGGGGGCCUUCUCACCUCUAAAACCAAACACAGAGCGUGGAGUAAGCACCCGGCAGAACUCCUGGCUCUGCUGCUCCGGCUCUCCACAGAGUUCUGCCAGUCGACAGACCAGGCCCGGGUGGGCAUGUGUGCCCGGCUGGUGCAGUUCCUGCCCCCGGCAGGGCAGGCGCUGGAGAGUGAGGAGCUCAGGGCAGCGGUGAGCCGCAUGUGGGGAGCAUUGAGACCCUUGCUGCAGGCCAAGUUAACGGCGGCACACAUCGGGCCCAUCCUGGUUCUCAGCGCCUGCUUGCUGGACAUGUAUGGGUGGGGGCCAGUGGGCCCCCCCAAGUUCUGCUGCCUGCUGGUGAACCGGGCCUGCGUGGAGGUCAGGAUGGGUUUAGAAGAACCGCCCGGGAGCCAUCUGAGCCCUGGGCUGCAGCACACACUCACAGGGUGCUACCGGAUCCUGGAGGCCGCCAUCGAGCAGGCCUGCUGCGCAGGAGACGCGCCGCCUGCUCCUCACACCCCCCUCUCUGCUCUCAGCCUGCAGCAGAGCCGGCAGGUGCUGGAGGUCCUGGAGGAGGCUUUCUCUGCCGUCAUGUACCACCUGCAGCAGGUGGAUCCCAGUCGCUAUGGCGACCCUUUCACUUUUGCCUCCUUCCGCUCUCUGUGCUCGUGGUUGGCUGAGGAGACGUCCUGUCUGAAGCAGGAAGUGAUGGGUCUGCUGCCAUUCCUGAUCGGCUACACGCGCUGCCACCUGCGGGGCGGGAGCUCCGAGCAGGGCCUCUCCGACUGGAUGGCUGAAGCGUCCGUCAGUGAGAAGGGCGAGGCCUGGACCGGUGCCGAGGCUCUGAGGUAUCUGCUCCCAGCUCUGUGCCACCUGUCGGCGGAGGAGGGCCCCAGGAAGGUGCUGCUCACCCUGGACACCCCGGCCCUGCUGGUGGACUUCCUGUCCCAGAGCUGGGCCUCUCUGAAGGGGAAGAGCGGGGCAGCGGCGUGCAGAGACCCCAGCAUGGAGACGGCCUGCUCCACCCUCCUCAACUUCACCGUCACAGAGCCGGAGAGAGUCAGGAAGGACCCGUGCUUCAGAGCUCUGGAGGCCCACCUGAGCGACGCCCUUCCUGGUCUGGUGAACAAACCCGGCCUCCUGGUGCUGGCUGCAUACUACUGCACCUUGGGGCUGAUGAUUGGCAGGUUGAAGUCUUCUCCCUCAGGUUCGAUGGAAGCAGGCCAGCGGCGUUUCCUGUCCGUGGCCCUCCGGUUCCUCCGCGGUGCCCUGGACUCCGGCGGUCCCGGCCCGGCUCGGGUGAGCGCCAGGUGGGAGGAGAGCUGGGACGAGGCGGCGGAGCUGUGGCGGCUGUGCGUCCAGGCCCUGGGGGGCUGCGUCCGGGCCCAGCCCGGGAUCGGGGGGCUGGUCCGGGAGGAGGGCUGGCUCAAACACACGCUGGCCAUGCUGGCGGAGAGCAGCCAGCUCCCCGACCGCCUCAGCGAGGAGGCCCUGGAGGAGGCGCUGGGCGCCCUGGCGGAGAUGUGCCCGGCCUGCCGGGGGGAGAUCAGAGACGCCAUGACCCGGAGGACUGGGGGAGCUCUGAGCAGAAUGAGGAGCCUGAAGAAGUCUCUGGAGGGGAAGUGAGGGCAGAACCAGGGAGUUUCACCUCCGAACACGACUGAACCCUGACUGAGGAGACGAUCCAGCCUCGUCAUGUCAUACAGUUGUUGUUCAAGAAGGUUGAAACAGAAAACAAAGCAGAUCCUGUUUGUUUGUGUUCAGAGUAAAACCUGAUGAUCCAGGUGAACGUGUAAAAAGCCCACCAAAGAUUCCUGAGACCAGAACUCAAUA